AUGAAUGCAAAAACAAAAGAUGAUUGGUCAACCCACUUAAUUCCGUCGUCCCGAGAAGCAUUUCUGAUUUGUCACCACGCUGCACCCAGGGCAGCCGACCCCGGACAGCUGCCGGGAGGCUGAGGUUCAGAUCUAGAAGCUCCAGGAGAAGCGAACGCUGCCUCUUGGCAUCUGUACCUGAUUGGCCGUUCCCAGGAGGGCCAUCAUCCAAUCAGAAAGGGUCGAAGAAGGAGCGAGCUCCCCGCUGCAGUCGGCAUCUAUCUAUAGGGGACAAGCGGUCCAAGGGACUCUCGCUGCGAAAGUCUCCCUACGCCGUGCCCUCGCCCCCGCCCCCGGACACCCAAACCCCACAGCUCGGAGACCCGGAGAAGAGUUGGUGAUUAGGGGUAGGGGAUCAGCCUUCCUCUUGAGCCUGGGUAGCAACAGGUGGCACACAGGACUUUCCGAUUCCCAUCUUGGGGCUGUCCUGCCCCACGCAGAAUCCCCCCACGGGGCAGCAUUUCCCAGCCAAAGUCCCCUUGGGGGUCCGGAGUGACCGGCCGGAAGCUGGGUUGGGGCACUGCCACUCCUGACUUCCUCUCCCAGGGGUGUGGGGAGCCACCUCCCGGACCUCUGGAAGACAGCCGCUUCUCAGUAAAUUAUCCAUCUCACCUUUCUCCCUACAGUUAUGUCUAUGGGUCUGUAGACAGAUUAUCCAUCUAUUCGCAGUUCUGUUUCUCUAGUUAAAUCUGUCUCUUGAUAAAUCUCUCUCUGUUCACAUACCCAUUUGUCUACUUGUAAGCCCAAACCUUUACUGACUUAGUGGAGAGAGCCUCCCUUACGACUCAUCGCUACUGAGGAUCCAGCGAACAGCCCCUUAAAGGGUUUAGAUUACAGGUUCAGAAAGGUGGGGCACGGAAGACUGGAAAGUGAAGAUGUUCUACUACCCGAACGUGCUUCAGCGCCACACUGGCUGCUUUGCCACUAUCUGGCUGGCCGCAACAGGCGGCAUGAGGCUAGUGAAACGGGAGUACCUGAAGGUGGACGUGGUGGAGACAUGUGAGAAGAUCCUGCAGUAUAUUCUGGUGCAAGUGCAGUCGUCUUUGCCAGGUGUCCCCAGGCCCCGCUUCUCCCUUUACCUCUCUGCCCAGCUGCAGUUCGGUGUUAUUCGUGUCUAUUUCCGCCAAUGCCAGUAUCUUGUGGAGGAUAUCCAACAUAUCCUGGAGCGCCUACACCGAGCCCAGCAGCAGAUCCGUAUUGACAUGGUGGAUCCCGAGGUACCCGCUCUCCUACUGCCCGACCCCCUGACCACAAUGGAGACCUUGGAAGAUGCUCCUGACCCCUUCUUUGGAGUGAUGGCCAUUGACCCUAACCUUCCUAGUCCCCUGGAUAUUCCCCAGGUUCGACAACUCUUGGAAGCCCCAACUCCUGAGAGGGUUUCUAAAGAGACCCCUCCUCAGAUCUACCGCCAACCUAGGAAGUCAGACAAAUCCCCUGUCACUGUCCUGCUUCCUGAAACCAUCACCCUUCAGGAGGCAGAGCCGAUCCGUGUGCUGCACAUUGAGGGUGAACAGGACCUACCAGAAAUCUCCCAUCAUGACCUGGAUCUGCUGAUGGCUGCAGAGGACGAAGCUAUUUUGUCUGAGGAAAAGGCCAAGAUCUACCCUCCUCAGGAGCAGCUUGAGACGCGAAUAUCUCAUGUCCCAGAUGCUGGAGAGUCGAUGGAAGUUUCCCGGGUCCCCGAGCAGGAAAUCACUCCUAGGGUAUCACCCCCACCUCAGUCAAGGAUCCAGGAGGUGGCAGAGCCCCUCUUAGAGAAGGAACUAAUCCCUGAAGAAUCUGAGUCACUGAUUCCAGAAGCUGGUCCUCCACACUUGGAAGAGAUCCCAACUACAGAACUACUUCUGCCUGGGAUGCCCAGCCCUUUGAGACCUCCAGUUCAUGUCCCCAGCAGCCCUGAACUGAUUCUCCCUGAGCUGUCCCCACCUCAGCCUCCACCCUCCCGCCGCCCUCACCGGUUGCAGCUGUAUGAUGAGGAGACCCAGAUUACUCGAGAGGAAUUCCAAAAACAAGUCCUACAAACCCAGGCCCACACCAGAGCUUGUCCAAUGGUCCAGCCUUCCAGUCAGAUGAAGAGUCCAUCAGAGCUGCUAAGAACUCCAGUUUACCCUGGAUGGCUACACCCAGAACUACUUAGUCUCUGGACUCGCUGUGCCCGGGUCCCCCCAAAGGAGCUCCGAUAUCGGCGACCCCAAGAACCAGAGUCUGUAAUUGAGCAAUUAGAGGAAAGGCGAAAGGCUGAGACUAUCAGUGAAAUCGAGAUUCUUCGAGAUAUACAAGAGCCCAGCGGUCCCCUAUUACAGUCUUCAGAACUCUCCUUGGAGACUACUGAGGAAGAGCGAUCCCGUCUCAGUUUCAUUCCUCCUGAAGAGAGGUGGGGCUUAGGUGAGGUUGAAGUGGAGGUGCCUGUGCUGCCUGUGGUCCCUGAACUACCAGAAGUGCCUGAACUCCCCUUGCAGCUGGUCCCAGAUGAGCAACUUCUCUCCCCAGAGGCCUUGCAAAGGGCUAUCACAGUGGAGUUACAGGCUUCCGGACAAAUAGACUUCAACAACCUCAUUCCUCCCUUUGCCCCUCGUUUGGCGGCUGCUCGGGCCUUCUACUUGCUUCUUGUGCUGUCUACACAGCAGGUUGUGUAUGUGGAGCAAGAAGAACCCUAUGGCAGUCUCCUCAUCCGGCCAGGGCCUGGGAACCACCGCCAUUAGAGACCCUUCUCUUUGAAUGUGGCAGAAGACAACAUAUUUACCUGCUGUAUGAUAAAUCCUAUGUUUCCCUGUUACCCACCCACAAGCUACAGUUCAUCCAAAAUAAAUGGACUUUAUUCAAAUCAGAA